GUUCGGCGCCGUAAAAAAGCGUUCGGACGAGGUCGGAGCUUCUCUGCAUGGCGGCUUGCUUCCGAGGGAGUACGCCAAAUUUCGCAGUCGUUCUUCUUACUCAUCGAAUUCUUUUUCGUUCGGUGAGAUGAGAAACGGAGGAAGAGCUUUUCUGGCCAUCUUUCUCUUUCUUCUUAUAUGUAUUUCCGUGGAGAUCAUCUCUCGUGACGGUGCCAAUCCCUUACGGUCCUACCUCUCCGAGGAGGCUCAUGGUGUCAAUGUGGCAGAGCAAACAUGGAUAUAUUGUAGAAAAAAAUUGAAAGACAAGAACAAAGAUUGUUUUGUCUACAUCUCUGGUGAAGCAAUAGCAAAUGGGUACGUGAAACGAUCCGUCUUAACCGGUUAUCGGCAUUGGUUAAGACCUGUCCUUGAUUCUACUACAAGCUAUCCAAGAAGGAAGCUGAUCAGUAAGAAAAAAAAGUUUGUAGUAUCUGCUCCAAACUUUGCUCUUGGUCCUACUCCUACACCAGGUCCUUCUCCAGCCUCUAGAAGUUAUGACCGUGCACCUUCAAGCUCUCCAUCUCAACCUUCUUCACAUUCGCCGGUUGAGUCACCCGAUGAAUCAAACUCUGCUCCGGUUAAGAGAAAACCGAGUGCUGCUCCUCCUAGUCAAAGUGUCCCGGGGAAGAAAUAUAAUAUAUUGAAGGAACUUAUCAUCGCUGUUGCUUCAACCGCUGUAUUAACGUUCUUUCUAGUUGCAUUGCUCUUCCUGUGUUGUUUCAGACCCAACCGCGGUGACACGGCUGGUCCUAGAAAUGGAGCAAGAGAUGAAGGACAGUUUCUACAUCUAGUUGAUUUAACAGCUGGAUCAAAUGAGACCUCUCCCACCGUUGCAAACCCAAGCAGGAGAUUUUUCAGUGCUAGCUCCAAAAAGAAAUCGUUUCUUUCUAGAUUGUCUCUCAAGAGAAAUAGUCAUGAUCAGUUUCCAACAGUUCAAGCAUCGUCAUCUUCUGGACUUGCUCCCUUAAAGCUUCCCCCGGGAAGAUCAGCAGCUUCUCCUCCAGCUCCAGCUCCAGCUCCAGCCCCACCACCUCCACAGCCGCCACCACCUCCUCCUCCUAAAUCAAAGCCUCCUCCACCACCUAAACUUGUCCGUCCUCCACCUGCACCACCAAAAGGUGUUGCUCCAAAGCGCCAAGGUCAUAGUUUAUCUGGAGAUGCUUCAGAUGUUGAUUCCGAGACUGGAGCUGCAAAGACCAAACUAAAACCGUUUUUCUGGGAUAAAAUGGCUAACCCUGAUCAGAAAAUGGUUUGGCAUGAGAUCAGCGCCGGCUCAUUCCAGUUUAACGAAGAGGCGAUGGAGUCACUGUUUGGUUACAAUGAUGGGAACAAAAACAAGAAUGGUCAAAGAGGAGACUCAUCUAGAGACUCUCCUGUCCAAUACAUACAGAUCAUUGAUCCAAGGAAAGCUCAAAACUUAUCUAUUCUUCUCCGAGCAUUGAAUGUGACAACAGAAGAAGUCGUCGAUGCCAUUAAAGAAGGUAAUGAGCUUCCGGUGGAGCUCCUUCAAACAUUGCUCAAGAUGGCUCCGACAACGGAAGAAGAACUCAAACUCAGACUGUACUCAGGAGAUGUUAACCUACUUGGCCCUGCAGAGAGAUUCUUGAAGAUUCUUGUUGAUAUACCUUUUGCAUUCAAACGUAUAGAGUCGCUUCUAUUCAUGAUCUCACUUCAAGAAGAAGUCUCUGGAAUCAAAGAAUCACUCUCAACUCUCGAGGUGGCUUGCAAGAAACUAAGAAACAGCAGACUGUUCCUAAAAUUAUUAGAAGCAGUUCUCAAGACAGGAAACAGAAUGAAUGUGGGAACAUUCCGAGGGGACGCGCAAGCUUUCAAACUCGACACGCUCUUGAAACUCUCAGACGUCAAAGGAACUGAUGGCAAAACCACGCUGUUAAACUUUGUUGUUCUUGAGAUCAUUCGUUCUGAAGGCGUUCGUGCUCUCCGCCUCCAAAGCAAAAGCUUCUCGAGCGUUAGAACAGACGACACCAACACAGACACAACAAGUCCACAGUUAGUGGAGCGUUACAGAAGCACAGGACUCCAAGUGGUUUCGGGACUAACCACAGAGCUUGAAGAUGUCAAGAGGGCAGCAAUCAUAGACGCUGAUGGAUUAGCUGCAACGCUGGCGAAUCUAAGCGGCUCGCUGACCAACGCGAGGGAGUUUCUAAAGUCGAUGGACGAAGAGAGUGACUUCGAGAAAGCUUUAGCUGGGUUUAUAGAACGUGCAGAUGGGGAUAUAAAGUGGUUGAAGGAAGAAGAAGAGAGGAUCAUGGCUUUGGUGAAAAGUUCUGCUGAUUAUUUCCAUGGCAAGUCAGCUAAGAACGAAGGGUUGCGUUUGUUUGCUAUAGUUCGUGAUUUCUUGAUAAUGUUGGAGAAAGUUUGUCGACAAGUUAAGGAAACUACGACAACUACGAAGACAACGAAUUAUUCGGGCAAGAAAGACACUCAAGUGAUGCAGGAUAGUAAUCAACCUUCGACAGAUAACGUUCAACGGCGUUUGUUUCCGGCGAUAGCUGAACGGAGAGAAGACAGUUCCGAUGAUUCAGACGACGAGUAGUUCAUCUUCUUAGUUGUUUCUUUAUCUUGCGGCUAAACUUGCUGUUCAAAAUGCUGAUCGGUAAGUUUUGUUAGCUAAUUUUCAGACCAAACUGUUCAAUAUUAUAACUAUACACUUUGUACUUUAUACAUCUACCGUAUAUUUGUACACCUUCUAUUCAUGUAUAUUCCUUUAUCCUCUCAUUUUUUCUUUUUG